GAUAAUCGAUAUACGCUAUUUCUCUAUGAAAAUACAAUUCUUCUUAUUGGUCUUUAAUAAAUUUGUUUAAAUGAUAGUGCAAUAUAGUGUGAUUCACGGACCAAUCAAUAGUGAAAGUGAAAGAUGAUUGCCUUUUAGAUAACUGGAUAACUGUUAAAAGUAAAAAAAAUCAACCUGUUACCUAAUGCAAUAUACAAUGAAGUUCACUUAAAUGAUCACAGCAGAACUUUCCACCCUCUCACCAAUAACGUUUUGUUAUUAUGAGAUAGUUGUAAACAUUGGCACAUGUGAUAUUAGUGUUAAUUUGAUAAAACCUUAGUAUUUGCUAAUUAUGAGCAAGAAUUUACCUAAAUUAGGUUAAACUAUUCGCACUAUUUGAUGAUGAUAUUAUUGCGCAUUGUGAAAACACUAACAGCAGAGAAUUGCGCAAUGUUACAAGUUGCGCUUUAUAUAAGAUAUUAGGUUGCAGGCGACGUAGGUAGGAGCAGCAGUUUGCGGGAAUAGCUCGCCUCGAUGGUGGAGUAGUCCCCCCGAACCCUUUGCAGUGUAAACAAUGGUCUUCCUUUAGAAAUAAAAAUGUUCGCGUCGAAGCUGCCCAAAUGCCACAGCAUAUACUACCUAGUGGUGAAGGCUAAUUACAGCACUCAGCAUGCGAGGGUUGUAAUUGGGGGUGCGGGGGUCGUGGGUAAUUCCGUGGCAUACCAUUUGGCAGCAAAAGGAUGGACAGAUGUUUUGGUAUUGGAGCAAUCGACUAUUGGCAGUGGAUCUUCGCAUUUUGGGUCGGGAACGUUGGGACUUUUUAAGCCAAUAGCGGACAGAGAUCUAAUUUGGUAUAGUAUAAAAUUAUACCAAGAGUUGCAGCAGAAGGGUUAUGACAUUGAAAUGAAAAGAUGCGGCAGCUUAAAUUUAGCUAAGACAAAAGAUCGACUUAUUGCUCUCAAGAGGCGAAUAGCGUACAACGUUCCAACUGGAUUGCAAUGCGAAUUGCUCGAUUCGAAGGCCGUUAAAGACUUACACCCCUAUUUAUUCACUGAAGAUCUGGAAGGCGCUGUUUGGAUUCCAGACGACGCCGUUGCGAAUCCAAUUAAAAUUUGCCAUGUUCUGGCUAAACUAGCGCAAGAAUACGGAGUGCGAUAUAAAGAGAAUGUCAUCAUUAAAAAUGUUUUGACUAAGAACCAAAGGGUUUACGCAGUACGCACCAACGAGGAGGUUAUUCACUGCGACUAUUUCAUCAAUUGCGCGGGAAUGUGGGCCAGGGAGUUGGGUUUGCAGUGCAAUCCUAAGGUGCGGAUACCGGCUUAUCCCGCGGAACAUUUCUAUGCGCUUACCAGUAACCUGAACCUUGAAGAAGGUUUGCCUUGCGUUAGAGAUUACGAUUCCAACUCGUACAUACGCCAAAGUGGAAGCGGAUUUUUGCUAGGUUGGUUUGAGCAGGAAGCGAAAGCAGCCUUCGAUGAUCACCCGGCUAUACCUAAAAAUUGGCGGCAUUACUUACAGCAUGACUGGGCGCAAUUCGAAAAUUUUUGGAAAAAGUCUAUGCACAGGAUUCCAAUGCUCAGUAGUUGCCCGCAACCUCGCUUGAUCAAUUCCCCCGAUAAUUUUACACCAGAUGGCAGGUGGAUUUUGGGAGAGAUGCCUUCAGUAUCAAAUUAUUUUGUUGCUUGUGGCAUGAAUGGUAAUUCCUUACAGGGAGCUGGAGGAAUUGGUAACGCAAUGGCAGAAUGGAUAAUUGAAGGAAGGCCAACUAAAGACCUUCUACCAUUUCACGUGCAAAGAUACUUAGAUGUUCACAAUGGGCGACAGUACUUACAACAGCGAAUUAAAGAAGUUGUCGGUCGGCAUUACGCUAUCUUGUACCCGUUGCAAUGCGAGUAUAAAUACGCUAGAAAGGUGAGAUGUUCGCCGUUGUUCAGCGUGUUGGAAACGAAAGGUGCUGUUUUCGGUAUAAAGAUGGCAUACGAAAGAGCAUUGUAUUUCGAUACGACUUGUGGUGACAAGAAACCGACUAUGCCUCCAGGCAGUUUCUACAAACCACAGUUCUUCAAUUUCAUGAAGGAGGAGCACAACGCAUGCCGCGAAGGUGUCGGUAUCAUCGAUAUGUCUUCAUUCUCGAAAAUCGAUAUCAAAUCGGACAGGGCAGAAGAUGUAGUGGGUUAUUUACAAAAGUUGUGCUCGAAUGAGGUAAACAUUCCUAUAGGGAGUAUAGUUCAUACGGGUAUGCUUAAUGAGCACGGCGGUUACGAGAACGAUUGUAUGCUGGUCAGGCAAGAAGAGAACUCGUUCUUCAUGGUGUCUCCUACUAGUCAACAGACACGAGUCUAUGAAUGGUUGACCAAGAACCUAUCUUCGAAAUCUACAGUUGCGCUAAACGACGUUACGUCUAUGUACACCGUCCUAAAUGUCGUGGGGCCAAAGGCUAGUGAACUUAUUGGCGAAUUGUCCAACAGCGAUAUGCUGCUUCAUUCAUUUACUUACAAGAAGGUCAACGUUGGUUAUGCUUCUGAUGUUAUGGUUAUGUCAUUUACACAUACGGGCGAUCCAGGAUACUGCCUUUAUAUACCCUCCGAGUACGCUUUGCAUGUGUACGAGAAACUUAUGGUUGUAGGACGUGAUUACGGUGUUAGAGAUGUGGGUACUUUAACGCAAAGGUUCAUGAGAAUCGAGAGAUUCAUCCCAUUUUGGGCUGAGGAACUAACUAGCUUCACAACACCUUUUGAAGCAGGAAAUGGUUACAAUGUCCGUCUAGAUAAAAAAGAUCAUUUCAUUGGUAAAGAAGCUUUAAUGAAGCAGAAACGCGACGGAAUACUUAAGCAGCUUGUCUUUUUCCAACUGAACAAAAUCAACAUCGACGUUGAUAUCUGGCCUUGGGGAGGCGAACCUAUCUAUAGGAAUGGGGAAUUCGUAGGAACGGUUACAUCGGCUGGAUACGGUUUUUCCACGAACAAACUAAUAGCAUUGGGUUUCCUACGUCGGCCCAAAGAUUCUCAGGUGAAGACGGUCACCACCGAUUACAUCCUAUCGAAACAGGCGAAAUACGAAAUCGACAUUGCAGGCAACAAAUUCCCUGCGACGCCUUACAUUCACGCCCCUAUUUUUGCAACAACAGUUUCGGAGAGGAGGAAAUAUAAACCAACAGCAAUAAGAUCAAAAGCUUUCAUGUAAUUCAAGUAAUAAACGUAAUCGGUGUGCAUUCGUGAUCAAUUCGUGCGCCCUCGGAUGUCGCACGCGAUUUUCAUCGAAGACGCAAUAAAAACAUUAUUAUUGAACGUAAUAAUAAAUAUAAUUAAGUACAUAACAUAUGAACAAUCACAGCCAGCGAACCUCUUAUGAAAUUGUGGCCCUUAAAUAAAAACAGAAACAAUUUUA